UCAACAUCAACGCAUCAACGGUCUCCAUCAGAGAGCAAUGGUGCUAAAGAGCUAAGGUUAACGAACGUUCUUCCCGCCAAUUUUCGAUACAGCGAUAAACGACAAAAUCAAAUCUUCGACAUACAGUAAACAAUGGUACGCACUAAAGCAGGAAGCGUUUCGAACAAAGCCAUCGGAGCCAAAGCACCUCAAAAAGUAGCUAUAACUGCCAUACUGUCCGGCAAUGCGCCGAAGAGUAAACACACUGGUGGAAAUCCUUAUCAUCCGAGAGAAACACCAGGAUGGCAAAAACCAAUUACGUUUUUUAUGAAACAAGACGGCGAGAAUUCCAGAGAUGAAUCCAUAGAAAUAGAAAACCUGCCUGGUCUCCCAGGCAUCAAGGGAGAUCCUGUAACACCAAAAACUUUGGGCACAAAGAAAAAAUCUAAGGAUAAAAAAAGCAAGGGCCGCAGUGAUGUGGAAGAAGAGAAAAAGGUCAAAAAUAAGAAUAAGAAAAAAGAUAGAAGCGAUGAUGAGGAUGUUGAAAAAAAAAGUAAGAAGAAAGUAAAAGAACAAGAAAACCCUAGCGAUAUGGAUGUGGACAACGAAACUGAAUGUGCAAAUGAGUCUGUGGAUCGAAAAGAACUCAAUUGUACAUUAGAAGAGGAAUCAAAAAUUCAGGAUAGUAGCGAAGAGAAAAACUCUCGUGAAGCUGAAAAAACCGAAAAAAAAGAUGAAAUUGUGUAA